AUGUCGUCUGGGUUUCUAGGUAUUUAUGUCUCACUUUACGACUACGAGGCACAAAACGACGAAGAAUUGACCAUCCAGCAGGAUGACUUACUCUAUGUAUUGGAGAAAUCAAAGGUGGACGAUUGGUGGAAGGUCAAAAAGAGGGUUGUUGAUGCCGAUGUCGAAGAACCUCAAGGACUCAUUCCUUGCACUUAUAUUGAACCUGCAAAAGUUAAAUCACGUGCUACAGCCUUGUACGAUUACGAUAAGCAAACCGAGGAAGAGCUUUCCUUUCCUGAGGGUACGACUUUCGAUGUUUAUGAUACUUCGGACUCGAACUGGACUUUAGUUGGCAUCGACAAUCAGCAAUUUGGCUUCAUUCCUGCUAAUUAUAUUGAAUUGAAUGAAGGUAAUUCUCAGUCUCUACCUCAAGUAGGCUCGUCCGAUUAUAGAUCUAAGUCAGCACUGGCCAUGUUCCCACCUCCUCCAAAGAGGAUUGUUCCUCCCAAAGAGUCAGAGAAGCGUGAUGAUUCACAGGAUCAGUCUCAACAAGCGCAGAAUACUUCACGGACUUCUCAGUCCCUUGACUCUGAAGAAGAGGAUGGCCCUCGUAUGCUUUCUAGACCUUCAACGUCCACUAAUGACAGACUACCUGCCACACCAGCAUUGGCGGAUGAACAACAAAAUGAGGAGGAAGAUGCCCCACCGAUGCCUGCAAGGCCAAAGUCUUCCAAAGAGAGAGAUUCAUCAAACCCCGAUGAGUUCUUCAAAGAUAACUUCUUUACAUGGAAGGUUUACGAGAUAGAUGGUAAGCGUAAAAGAAAGGCCAUGCUAGAAAUCGGUGAUUCGCAGAUUUUUAUCACCCCUGAAGGUUCUUCGAAGCCUCGGGACUGGACUAUUAGAGAUCUUACCAACUACAAUAGUGAGAAAAAGCAUGUUUUCCUCGAGUUCAAGAAUCCCAUUGCUUCGUACGAGUUCCAUGCUGGUAAUAAAGAUUCUGCAGAUGCCAUCAUUUCUGUUCUUGCCGAUAUGAAAGGUCUCACCUCGUUGUCGGCACUAAAAGAUAUAGAGGAGGCUUCUAAACCCUCAAAUAGACCACAGGGUAAGCUUCUGUAUGAUUUCGAUGCUGCUUCCCCCGAUGAACUUACAUGUUAUGAAGGAGAUGUUGUUUACAUUGUUAAUGACAAGAGAUCCAAAGAGUGGUGGAUGGUCGAGAAUGUGGCUACCGGUAAGAAGGGGGUUGUUCCAUCCAAUUAUAUCAAAAUCGUUGGGGGCAAAGAUGGUAGCUCUUGGAGAAAUAUAUUCAAGCGCAACAGUUCUCAGGUAUCUACCGGCACCAAGAAAGGUGGUAAAAAGAAGUCUAGAGCUGAACGUGAACAAGAUUUGGAACUGCAAAGACAGAGAGAAAAGGGGGAGAUUGCUCGACGUAGAGAAAAGGAGGAUCUUGCACGCGAGCGUGAGGAGUUGGAGAGACAGCGUCGUCGCCAAGAGAGAAAAGAAAGAGAUUUACGCGACUUUGAAGAGAGAGAACGAGUGAGACGUGCAGAUCAAAAAACUCGUGAGAAAAAGAUGAAGCAGAAGCAGAAAUCAUCCGAAAAGGAUAUCUCCAAGCCGAAUCCACAUAGAGUGCGGACAUGGAUUGAUAGAAGUGGAGCGUUCAAAGUUGAAGCUGGAUUUCUCGGUGUUGAAGACGGCAAGAUCCAUCUUCAUAAGCUUAAUGGCGUGAAGAUCGCCGUGGCUGCGCAAAAAUUGUCUGUAGAAGACUUGGAGUAUGUCGAGAGACUCACUGGAGUGUCUUUGGACAACUAUAAACUGGGACAGACGAAGAAGACGCACUCCAAGGAGAGAGAUAGCCCGGAGGGUACAGCGCAGAUUUCAGCGUCUUCCGCUGGUGCUGUUGCAUCCAACGGACCGCUAUCUGACACAUUUAACGAGAAAUCGUAUGAGUAUUGGUUUGACUUUUUCCUUGGCUGUGGAGCUGAUCCCAACAUGUGUGAGAGGUAUGCCAGAACGUUUGCGCGUGAACAGAUGGAUGAGACUGUUCUUGAGGAUAUUAGUGCUUCGUUGUUGAGAUCGCUGGGACUUAAGGAAGGAGAUGUCUUGAAGGUUAUGAAGUAUUUGGACAAUAAGUUUCGCCGGAACAAGCCAGAAGAGGCUCAUCCUUCCAAUGGAGGUCUCUUCAAUGGUGCGGAUGGUUCGCUUAAGAAUAACAAGGCAGCCGCACUGUCCGUUGCAUCGCCACCGGGGGGUUCUGACAAGUUCGAGGACGAUGCAUGGGCUAUCAGGCCGGCUUCUAAGGCCCAAGAGGACAAGGUGAAGCCCCAAUUCACUGGUUCCAUUCAGGAUCUUGUUGAUAUCAAACCUAUGGAGCCUACAAAGAAAGCGGAGCCAAGGAGUACGCCACUUCCUGUGAAACCUGUAACACCGACUACGACGGGUCCCAUGAUGAAUUCGUCUUUUGCUCCAUCCCAAAUGACUGGAUCGAUGUCGAUGUCGAAUCAGGCUACUGGUGCUAUGAUGCCCAUGCCUACCGGCUUUGUUCCCAUCUCCAUGCUUCCAAUGCUUACGGGACAGACUACAGGAUACAUUCCUUUGCAGCCAACGGGUGUGACUAUGCCUCUAACCACGUUUGGUGGUCAGGCUCCAAUGGUUCAACCUUUUACUUCUUUUGGUCAACAGAUAACUGGAGGUCCGACCAUGAUGCUACCUCUAUCUACAAAUGCACAACUCAUGCCGACCACUACAUUUAGUACCCAGUCUACCGGGGGUCUCGUCCAAUUACAGUCUACUGGUGUGAGAAUUCAAAAGACUGGACCUACCAUACCAAGCCAGUUGGUUCCGGCUGCUACUGCUGUCACAUCAUUCCCUGCCAUGCAGCCUACGCAUACAGGUUUCCAACCUACCCAACAAAUGUACACGGGUAUGCAGUCUCCGCCUGCCCAACAAAUGUACACAGGUAUGCCUUCAGCUCAACCUACACAGCAAAUGUAUACGGGUGCUCCCCCAUCACAGCCCAUGUACACAGGUUUUCAAGCGCCAGUUCAGCAGCUGUACAGUAGUAAUGCUCAACCCGGCAUCCAACCUGGCAUACAGCAGACGUCUCUGCCACCUAUUACAUUUGGGACUUCUGCCACGGCUCAACCUCUAACCUCAUUUGGUGUUCCCCAAUUGACUGGUAUGAUGGCGAACACCUCUUUAAAUGGUCAAUCACAACCUCAGCAACAGCAGACCCUGAUGUCCCAGCCCACAGGCAUGGGAUUCGGUAAUGGACCUGAUUUACGAUCACAGCCAACGGGUCAUCAGGCUAAUCUCGCCAAUGCUACCCCAGACAAUCCCUUUGGGUUUUAG